AUGCCUUGUAUGAACAUGUUCUGUUCACGUUUAUCGACCCGAUUGGGAAGUAUACUUGUCGGAACUUUCACCAUUUUUCAGAUUUUAUCUCCACUAUUAGUGUUGCUUAGUGUAGGAGGAGCAGAAAAAUUGCGCAAAACAGCAUUACAAAUCAAGAAACUAACAAACGACAAUGAUCAACAGAAGCUUUUUCUUUGGUUGUUGGAUAUCAUGGAGUUCAACUCUAGUGAACUAUUCCAGGUUAUCUGUACGUAUCUCGGUUUACAUAUAGCAGGAACUAUACUAAUGAUUAUCGGAGCAUUGAAAAUUCAGCAGUAUCUCCUGAUACCAUUCAUCUUGCUAGACCUUGUUAAGUUAUGCAUUCUGACGGCGGCACAUAUUAUCACCAUGAUGGUUAUCAAAAAGCAUCUAAACUUGGGAGAAUUAAUUACAUUAACCAUUUCCGGGGGAUUUCUUUUACUUCUGUUAUUCUAUUUAUGGGCGUGUGUUGUCGCAUUGUAUCAAAUAUUUGUCGCAGUAAAAACGGGAAAAUGCCAAGCCAUCUACGGCAAGGAUUCAGCUGCCCUUAAGGAAGGCUCGAAGGAAGAAAACGGAUAUAACGUUUCAACUGUUGAGCCAAUUUUAAAAGAUAAUUUCACUAAGUACUGA